AUGCAUCUCAAACUUCCUCUUCUCACAGCUGUGCUGGCAGGUCUGGCAUAUGCUUCUCCUGUUGUUCAGAAAGAGAAUGGGCCACCGCACGAGGGCAGUCCCACCCAUUCUGGUGGAGGACCUUCCACCACGCACAAGGUACUGCACCCAAACGAUGGUGCCAUAGUCGAGCUCGUAAACGAGGACAACAACUGUCAGGUUCAUUUUACCAAUAUGUUCGGCGAGAAAUGCAACGGACAGUUGAAGGAGCCCCUCGGCCCUAUCAUGGAUGGAAAAUGCCACGGAAAGAAAACCUCGAGAGGCGGCGAAAUGCCCUUCGCCCAAACCGAAGCCGUGUUCAAGGACUGUAAAUCCAGAUCAGUUGGUUACGUUUUCCAGGAUGGUCAUAUGGCUGGCUACAAACCCGGUUCGCUCGAGUACUAUACUCCUGAAGAUGGCUCCGGCGAUUAUAUUCCUCUUGGAUUAGUGCCAGGCAAUAAACUCAAGUUUGAUGGGAAGGAAUGGGUGAAGGCAUAG